AUGACCCCUGCAGCCCCCUUCAACCCCCCUUCCCCCAAUCUCCCCGGCAAGCCCUUCGUGCCAGAAUGGAAUCCGCCUCCGGUUACCAAGCAGACUGAGAGCUUUGCUACCCUAAAGUCAAUCGAUCUGUCCCUCCUCGACUCUGAAGACCCGGUCGUGGUCAACCGUCUCAUUCAACAGGUCAAGAUUGCCAUCCGCGACGACGGAUUCCUAUUUCUCGAGAAUUACGGUGUCUCGCUUGAGCAGCUGCACCGCCAGUUUGCGCUCGCGCAGUACCUCUACAAUAACAUGAGCGAAGAAGAUAAGGAGCGCCUUCUGUUUGACCCCGAGACAGGGAGGUGGUCAGGGUAUAAGCAUCCGUACGGGUUCAAGCGCCACCGCGGCCCCCCAGACGGAAUCGAACAGUUUAACUUCUACACGCGCGAGUGGAACGACCCCAGCCGCAUCCCGACGUGCUUACACCCUUUCAUGGACGAAAUCACCGCGUUCUGCAACUACCUUACGCAAUCGGUAAACCGCCGACUGCUGACCCUCUUCUCACGCGUGCUAGAACUUCCUGACGACUACCUCUGGGAAAAUGUGCAGUCGCACGGAUCCCCCACGGGGGAAGGCUACUUCCGCCACGCGCUGUUUCGGCCUGUGCAGAAGGAGACGCAGGAAGCGUCCAAAGGGCUGCGUAUGCACGGACACACAGAUUUUGGACUUACAACGCUCCUCUUCUCAGUACCGGUCAGCUGCCUUCAGAUCUGGGGAAGGGACGAAAAGUGGUAUUAUGUCCCGUACAAGCCUGGUGCUCUAGUUAUCAACAUCGGCGACACGCUGGAGAUUGUCUCCGGUGGACACUUCAAAGCGACCAGGCAUCGAGUGUAUAAGCCGCCUGCCGAUCAGCUAAAUGAGGAGCGCCUGAGUCUUGUGCUGUUCAAUAGCUCGGUCGGGGAGUUGCGGAUGCAGCCUGCAUAUGAGUCCCCGCUCAUUCAACGAGAAGGCUGCAUUGAAGAGCAAGGUGUGUACAAGGAGUUCAAGCGUCUCACGGAAGCAGGCCAGCUCGUCCCGAGCAACCGCGAGUGGCGCGAGAUCCAGAUCGCCACGGCAACAGACCCAACGGAUACAGAUCAUAACAGAAUUGGAGUCCAUCAGCUCUGCGUGAUUUCCGUCGCCUCCUCAAGCCAAUAUCUGAUUCUGAUUCCUGGGCAUGGCUCAAGGCAGAUCAUGGUUCAAUCAUGGACCCAGCGCCACGCAGGUUGA